AUGACCGCGGCUGGGUACCUACAACGUCUUGCCUCCAGUGGAACCAUGCGCGCAUCUGUACUGCUAUGUUGCCUGGUCGUGUUGUGUUUUGGACUGGUAAAGCCACUGACAGAUCUGGAGUUUGAGCGCAGCCCGGCCACUGUGAUCUCGUCUCUGGGGAAGCCUGUGAUGAUGCAGUGCACUCUGACGGGGGCGGGGGCCGAAGAGGAGGACCCCCCGGAUGUGCUGUGGCUCCGGGGAGGAGAGGCGCUCCAGUUUGCGGACACCACCCAGUCCCAGGUGCACACGGGCAGCCACACCUGGACCAUCAUGAGCACACUCAGGAUUGAGAAAGUCCAGCUGACCGAUAUGGGCUCAUACCAAUGUGCUGUCUUCAUUGAAACGGAACAGGCCUUUUCCGACGAGGGCAGCAUUCAGUUGGAGGGACUGCCUCAUUUCUCUGUGGAGCCUCAGCCCAUGUCCAUCGUGGCCAAUGCGUCGUUGAGCCUUCACUGUGUCGCUCACGGCCCUCCGGAACCUGUGCGUGUGAUCUGGCUGCAGGACGGGGCCCCCCUCAACACCUUAAGUGACCCAGUGGCAAUGUCCCCAUCCACGCUCAAUAUUACAGGUCUAAACCGAACCAGCUCCUUCUCCUGCGAGGCUCAUAACCGAAAGGGCGUGGCCACCUCUGGAUCCGGUGUCAUCACAGUGCUGCCAUCUCCACCAAAGGAGCUGAGAGCGGUGGAGAUCACUGAGGACAGCCUCCGUGUGGCCUGGACCCCCGGCUUUGGAGGAGACUAUCCCAUAAUCCACUGCUCUGUCCAGGCUAAACAUGCCGCACAGACAGCUGGGAUUGAUCACAUGAUUCACAAUCAGAACGUGAACGUCCCUCCAGCGGCCUACCUCCUCGGGGACCUGGAGCCUCACACCCUGUACGCAGUGAGGGCAGCCUGUCACAGCAGCCAGGGGCCCUCCGAGUGGUCCCCCUGGGUGGAGCUGAGGACCAGAGAAGGAGUGCCGGAAAAUUCACCGGAAAAUGUGAGUGCGGUUCUCAAUGGGACAGAAGUGCUGUUGUCGUGGCAGGAGCCUCCAGGGAAGAUCAAUGGAGAACUUCAGGGAUACUUAGUGGACUACAGCACCCCGGCCCAGACACAGCUGACUGUGGACACUGGUCUGGACACAGAGUUGUCUAUCAACCUCUCUGCCCCUCUGUCCAAUGUGACUUUUCGGGUUUGCGCCUACACUGGGGCCGGACCUGGACCCUGGACCCCCCCUCAGACUCUGAUGCUCAUCUCCCCUGAAAUGGAAGGAAUGAAAGGUGGAUCUUCGCCCCCGGCCUUUUCCUGGCACUGGUGGUAUGUGGUGAUGGCCGUGGCAGGAGCUGUGUCCAUAGCUGUGCUCAUGGCUGUGUAUGUGGCCAAGCUGCGGCGAAAAGAGACACGAUUCGGAGAGGCCUUCGAACCGAUGAUGGAGAGUGGAGAGCUGGUGGUCCGAUACCGAGCUCGCCGCACCUACAGCCGCCGGACGACAGAAGCAACCCGUAAGUCCUUGAACAGCCUGGGCAUCAGUGACGAGCUCAAGCAAAAGCUGCAGGACGUCAUGGUGGACAGACACAAGCUGACUCUGGGAAAGACCCUGGGAGAAGGCGAGUUUGGCUCCGUGAUGGAGGGGCUGCUCACUCAAGAGGAGUCUGUUCUCAAAGUGGCCGUGAAGACGAUGAAGAUUGCCAUCUGCACACGCUCCGAAAUGGAAGAUUUUCUGCGUGAAGCGGCCUGCAUGAAGGAGUUCGACCACGCCAACGUCAUGAGGCUCUUAGGUGUGUGUCUGCAGACGGUGGAGAGCGAAGGCUACCCGUCGCCCGUGGUGAUCCUGCCCUACAUGAAGCACGGCGAUCUGCACAGCUAUCUGCUCUACUCCCGACUGGGGGACUGUCCCGUGUACCUUCCCUCUCAGAUGCUCGUGAAGUUUAUGACCGACAUUGCCCGAGGAAUGGAGUAUCUCAGUAACAAGAACUUUAUCCACAGAGACCUGGCGGCUCGUAACUGCAUGUUAAACGAGAACAUGAAUGUUUGUGUGGCAGACUUCGGUCUUUCUAAAAAGAUCUACAAUGGCGAUUACUACAGACAGGGAAGGAUCUCAAAAAUGCCGGUGAAAUGGAUCGCGAUUGAAAGUUUGGCUGACCGAGUCUACACCACCAAAAGUGACGUUUGGUCGUUCGGAGUGACCAUGUGGGAAAUAGCCACUAGGGGGCAGACGCCAUACCCUGGAGUGGAGAACAGUGAGAUCUAUGAUUACCUGAGACAAGGGAACCGCCUCAAACAGCCUCCAGACUGUUUGGACAGUAUGUAA